AUCGGUAGUCGGUUUUCGUGAAACUAAACUGUGAAAUUAAUUUUUUGAUUCUAAAAUGAUUCUUCACUGAUCUUUUCACGUGUUGAAGACAUAAACUUAGAACAAAAUCGGGGCUCUGCAAUUUUUGGAGCCCCACAUAUGGAUUGUUUGUAUUUAUUUUAGUGUUGUGAGCUGUGCUGUGUUGUGUUGCUUAUGUUUGAAAAAAUUUUAGUGACAUAGACGCUUUUUUGUAUAUUUAAAUGCAAUCUUCUCGUUGACAUGUUGAAAACGGUACAAUUAAGGCCAGUGCGGGUUCUUUUAAUAUUUUUUGAGAUCAUCCUAGGAAUAUCGGCAGCAACGCACUGGGUUGUUACAGAAAAUGGAAGAAUUCAGCCACAGAUGGAUUCCUUAUUCAAUAUUCGACGACCCUAUGAUCUCAUUUCCUUCCUGGAACAAGAAAAGCGUCGCGAAGAUGCUGAUAGACUUUACAAACAAAUGAUCGCUAGGAAAGCUUCGAUAGACAGUCAAUGGACUGGACUGGAUACUGCAGCCGACAUCGAAAAUAGAAUCUAUUCUUCUGAUCAAGAUUGCCUUUUGGCUGGAAAGCCUUUUGUAGACAUCGACUUGUAUGCGAGCGUUGCUACAGACGGCAGUUAUCGAAAAGGAGUCUCGCAAAAGGAUUAUUUACUCGAUGGCAUUCCGAACGAUGGAAAGAAAACUGUACCAGACUGCAAGACAACUUUUCCUCUCGACUUCAGCAUGCAUACAUUUGAGCAUCUCAGCGCAAUGCGGAAUAGAGCAAACUUGACUCAGCAUCAGGAAAAAGGAUUGAUCAAGUACCUCCCGCCCGGUACAGAUUUGAAUAAAUUCGGAAAUCAGAUUGCUCAUGGUUUGCUUCGAAAUAAUACUUCCUGGUUGCAUUUGAAUUUGGCUGCAAUUUAUUGGCGUGUGAGAGGAGAUUCUUAUAAUGCUCUGGAAUGUGGACGGCGAGCGAUUGUCACUGCUCCGAGGCAGUUUCGUGAUAUUCCUCUCCUAACAACUGGAGGAAUAUUGCACGCGGCGAAACAUUCUGCAGAAGCGGCAAUUAUUUUACAUUCUGCAAUCGAUUACGCUCCAAAUCAAAGUCAUCAGCAUUUAGCCUUAGGUCAUGUUUAUGCUUCUCUGGGAGAUUAUAAUCGAUCCAUUGCUUGCUAUGAUAAUUCUCUGAAACUCGCACCAACAAUGCAUCCAGCGAGAGAUGCUAAACAUGCCAUUCUCUGUCAUCAGAAACUGGAAAAUACUUUGACUUCGCUACUUCAGCAAUUGCAGAAUAUUUUAGCGGAGCUUUACACUUAUCAAAAUGAGCAAGAGGAAUGGUUCAAACUGCAGGAACGAAUGUUGUGGGAAGAAGCGCACACGUCAAUUAUAAAAAUGCACCAGGAUUUGCAGGAUGAUGUCUUUCCUAAACGUGGCCAAUCUUGUAUGAAACGGGGCGGGGACGAGUCAGUUUUGACUUGUGACAUGGUUACGGAUCGGCAGGCUCUCGUUAACAAUUUACAGAUUGAUAUUAGCGUCAGUUUGCAAUUGCUGUCGAAUGUGGAAAAUCAGGUUAAGAAGAUCAACGAGCAGAUGAUUAAGUCGAAGAUUGUCCAUGGCAGUAAAGACCAGAUGAGUAAAACGAUGGAAUACAUUGAUGGGAAGGGAAGUGAAUUCUUCUCUGUCUUCAUGGAACCAACCGAUAGACCUAAGUAUUAUAAUUUGAAAAUCAAAAAAUCAUCCGAAGAAUUUGAGGCCGCUCGAUGGCCCGAAAAGGCUCAGUGCGAAAAUUACAAGCCUUUCUUGGAGGACACAAAAAAAUACGUACCUGCUUAUCUGCCUCCCGAAAACAAAGGAUAUGCGACACAUUUAUUUUUGAGUGAAUUGAUUGGCUUGGAGCAGGGCAAAGAGCAUUUAUUGCCUUGGGAUGAACCAAUUUGUUACACGCCAAAGAUUUUUGACGAAAAGUACAUUCCAAAAUCUCUCUUAAAAGCAACCGAGAGUUACAAAAAUCCCGAUUCUGCUCUCAGUCCCUUUUUAACAUCCUUAGUCGAAGAUGCCGAGGUCGCUGAAAUCGGGCAGAGAAUCUUAACAGCAACAAAAUCGAACGUCGCAGCCUAUUGGGUUUUGUCAAUGCUCGCAUCAUUGUAUUGGAGGGUAGUUGGAAAACCCCGAAACGCAUUGGAUUGUCUCCAGUUGGCUUUGAAUUCUGUACCCAAUAGAUUUAAAGACGUUCCUUUGAUUAGUAUUGCGUCCAUAAGUCAAAAGGUGAAUUUAAUUAACAAUGCUCUGACAGUCGCGGAGGAAGCGCUAAACGUCAAUCCUGUUGAGCCCGUGUCGAAUUUUCUUUACGGAUCAUUAUUGCACAUAAAGGGAAACCAUACCGGUGCAAUUCAUCAUUUGAAGCAAACUCUUCGAGUCGAUUUGCAUUUAAUGAAUGAUCGAGCUUUAAAAAUGUUGAGAUUUAUAGCUUGCCAAGAAAAUGUUGGCAUUUUAAAUGAAAAUUCGUGACAUUCAUACAAAGAUCGCGUAUCUCUGUCUGUGUUUCUGAAUGACCAAUACUCGAUUUAAUUCAAAGACCAAAAGAAAGAAUGAUGGUUAAAAGGAGAGAUUUUUUUUCUUUUACGUUAAGGAAAAAUGCAUAUUUUAUAUUUUUAUUGACGAAAUUAUAAUUUUAUCAAUUGUUUUUUUUGUUGUAUUUCCAUUUUUCUUCUCUUUUAUUGUGCAGACAAUCUUUUUAUGCAAAACUAAGAUACAGAAAUAAUUGACAGUGACGAUUAUGAUUGUCGAGAAUAAUUUUGUAUUUCUGUGAUAAAUAAAAUGUGUGAAGGUUCGUAA